AUGCCCUCCAUGAGGCACCUCCCGGCUCUCCUCCUUUUCGCGCCCGCAUUAGCCCGCGCGGCAGCGCCACCGCCCGUACAACUCGACGAAAAUGGCGUAGCUCACUUUAAUAUUCCAUUUGAGGUGCAAUUUGCGCGUCCUGGAGGCGCGAAGCCUCACAAACGCGACGAGAACGAUGUAGAGGACUCCGCGACAGAGGAGCAGGAACCCGUGGAGGCAUCACGGCAAGGUCGCUUCAUGAAGCUUCCACCCGUACAAGUUGAGCCAGAAUUUGAGGUCAACCACCAGGGCCAGCCAGAAUCAGAAGCUCCCGCAUUAGACGAGGCAUCAGAGGCGCACGACGCCGACCUGAAGCCCCGCGCCGCCGAGCUGCGCCCGAUCCAGUCCCGGCACCAGCCGCCGAUAUCGCCAUCCCAACACACACCAUCCUCUUAA